CCGCCCCAGCCAUUCUGCGACACUCGCCCAUCUCCGAGACCAGCUCGGUCCCCCUGCUGUUAUCUUGGACCCCAACCGAGCAGCUGCCUGCCUCUCCCUCCCCAGAGCCAUGAAAUCCUUAGGCUCCAUCCUCUUCCUCCUCACCGUCCUCCUGGCUGGGCCGGGUUCCAAGGCCGCCCCUUCAGCCUCGCCAUCUGUGGGCCCCGACUUUCCAGAGACCAGCCAGUCCUCUGCAAGCUCCCCCCAAGCUUCUGAAAACUCGGCUCCACAGACCACGGGGGUUGAUGAUGGUCCUGAGCCUUCCAGGACACCGCAGGCUGUGUCUCCGGAGUCCGCCCCUCUGGGCCCCACGGACACCCCCAAGCCUGGCCUCCCAGAUACCCCAUUCCCACAGUCGUCUGAGACCCCCCAGAACACUUCACUCAAUGCCUCACUGUCAGAACCCCUGGCGAUCACCCAGAUCAAUCCCUCCAACAUGACAUACCCAGAACCUUCUGAGCCCCCCAAGCCUGACCCAACUGAGAUGCCACAGACAGAGUCCUCUGACACCCCCAAAACUCAUCCAGCAUUUCCUGAGCCUACCCAAGCUCAACACCAGGAAUCCCCAGAGAUCCCCAAACUUAACUCCACUGAGACCUCAAAUACAGAGCCCCCAGUGACCCCGAGUCCUGGCCCCACCAAGGCCCUUCACCUCCGAUCUCCAGCCACACAGAACCCAGACACCUCUGAAGCCCCACACUCUGAGUCCUCCCAGGCCGUUCAUACUGGCCCUCCUGAAGCCCCUCCCUCAGAAUCCCAUGGAAACCUCAGCCCCACCAAAAUCCCCCCAAACAAAGUUCCCACAGCCCCCCAGCAGGGUGCCACAGAGAUGCCCACCGCCUCCCCGCCAGAGGUCACCUGGACUCCCCACCUGGAAGCAUCUGCACCUGCCCAAGACUCAGCCGCCCUGACUGAGUUGUCCCUGAGCCCCCAACCCCAAGCCCCCACCGCCACUCAGCCCAGCUCCCUUGCACUGCCCACCCAGGAUUCUCCCGGGACCAUUGAGCUAACCGCCCCCCUGAACGCUAGUCCAAAAGGACCCGCUGCCCUUCCUCUCUCCGCCCGGAUUGCGGGCCCCCCUGCCCCUCCAGCCUCUGCCAGCCAACCCGCCCCUGCCACUCCGCGGGGCCCCCAGCGGCGCAGCCGAGGUGAGAGAGUCAACACCAUCAUCGUGGUGGAGCGAGUGGAGGAGAAAGGCGUGGCCCUGGCGGGGCGCCCCCGAGGCGCAGCAGGAGGGACCCUGUGUCUCUUCCUUGCGGGGACCGGGCUGCUGGUUGCCAUCUUCCUGCUGCUGUGGUGUCUCUAUCGCCGGGCAUCUCGGCAUCGUCCCUUCGCCCACCACCGGCUUCCGAGCGACGACGAGCCAGUGAUGCACCUGGACGCCCCGAAGGACCCCUACGACCUCUACUUCUACGCGCCCGACGCCUGGGUGCCCUCGCACAUCGCCACCAAGCAGCCACCGUCCACGCCCCCGCUGCCCCCCAAACUGCCCCCACCACCCCGCGGGGGGCGACCCCAGCGCCUGGAGCCGCUUUCCCCUGCCACGCUCCCCAACAACUUCGUGUGACCCUGCUGUCCCCACAUGGAGGGGACCCCAGGUCCUGACCAGGCUUCCUGUAUAGUAGUCCUUGGGGUAGAGGGGCCCACGCGACACGCUUCCGCUGGGACCCGAGGAGCAGGCCUGGGGUCCUGCCAAUAAAAUAAAAUGUGUGUUCCCUUGCUCA